AAUCCCGCGCGCUCAUAUGACAGUCUUCAGAAAAUACUGAUACAGCUUUGCGGUCUUGAAGUUGAUCGAAUUGCAUAGCCUGUUUCUCCAGAUUUUUUUUUAACACUGAUGUUUUUGCUUUGAAAUAUAUUUAAAAACCAUGGCGUUCAGUAGAUCGCAUCCCUCAUCUCCAGCAAAUAAAGCGAAAUUACCUUUUGAACGUGUGGAUACCGCAAGGAAGCUGGAGAGAGGAGGCUCGCAGGGUCCAGGCUCGGCCGGAGUGAGGGCUGCUGCACCGGCGGACAGCUGCGACUCGUCCCAGCGUACGCGGCACCUGGAGGGGGUCUUGAGUAAAUACACGAAUUUGCUACAAGGCUGGCAGAACAGGUACUUUGUGCUGGACGCGGAGCAGGGGCAGCUGGACUACUUUGUGAAUGAGCAGAGCCAGAGCCAGAAGCCCCGCGGCUCCCUGCCCCUCUCCGGGGCAUCAGUGGUGCCUCAUGACGAGCUGCCCCACAUGUUCCUCAUCUACGCUACCAACGGAGAGAUCUUCAAGCUCAGAGCGUCUGAUGCGCGUGAGCAGCAGCUGUGGAUGACCCAACUCCAGCUCUGUACACGGCAACACUUAGAUGGCAGUGCCAAGGGCAUCACCGCCGCCACCUCCACCUCCUCCUCUUCCUCCUCCUCAUCAUCCUCCAACGCCGCCCCGGGCUGGACACGCGGCUCCCCCCACCCUCCAGCAUCAGCAGCACCUCCUCCUCCUCCUCCUCCUCCUACUCCUCAAGCCACCUCCAUCACCACCACCACCACCACCACCACCACCACCACCGCCACCUCCUCCUCUCCACCCAGUGCCCAGCAGAAACCACUCCUCUACGGGGUGCCCGCCUCCAUCUUCUCCUUCACCCACCACAAGUGCCCCACCUCCAUCGGCCACCGGGCCAAGAGCCAGAACUUGGACCCCGGACAGCUCCAGGAGGUCAAAGAGGUGAUGUCCAAGGCGGAGGACCAGCAGAAGAACCUGGUCCACAACAUCGAGUCUCUGCCCAGCCGCGGGCCCAUGUCCGCGCUGGACCAGGACUUCCUGCUGCUGAAGGCCACCUCGGCGGCCACGCUCAGCUGCCUGGGGGAGUGCCUCAACAUCCUGCAGCACAACGUCUCGCAGGCCGCCCAGCACCUGGCCCACAACCAGGCGCCCAGCCACAACCACAACCACAACCAGAACCAGAAUCAAAACCAGAACCAGAACCAAAACCAGAACCAGAACCAGAGCCAGCCCGCAGACGGUGUGUCUGGGUGGAGUGGCGGCAAGCCGGCCCCCGCCGAUCAGAAGCGAAGCAGCGGCCUGACAACGCUCUCCUCUCCUGGCAGAACCCACCUCCGCUCCCCCUCCCCCCGCAACAAGGAGCCACUGCAGACCUCCGAGCAGCACCCAAGCCCUGAGGCGGUGGACCCCAGCGAGGAGACCACAGACACGGAGGACAAUGAAGAGGAGGACCUGGGCGUCCUGGACGACCAGCGGAGCAUCAUCCUCCACCUGCUGUCCCAACUCAAGCUGGGCAUGGACCUCACCAGGGUGGUGCUGCCAACCUUCAUCCUGGAGAAGCGCUCGCUGCUGGAGAUGUACGCCAACUUCAUGGCGCACCCGGACCUGUUCCUGGCCGUGGGCGCGGGCACCUCGCCGGAGGAGCGCAUGGUGCGCUUCGUGGAGUACUACCUGACCUCCUUCCACGAGGGCCGCAAGGGCGCCGUGGCCAAGAAGCCCUACAACCCCGUGCUGGGCGAGAGCUUCCGCUGCACCUGGGACGUGCCGCGCGAGCGCGUCCGACCCCUCAGGACCAACAACACCGCCACCAACGCGCCCUCGGCCGCCGGUCAGCCGACAAGCGUGGCCUCGGGGGGGCCGGGCGGCGAGGCGGGGCGGGGGGGCGCGGGGGACGCGUCGGCGGCGGGGGAGGGGGACCGGCUGCGGCUGCGCUUCGUGGCCGAGCAGGUGUCGCACCACCCGCCGGUGUCGGGGUUCUACUGCGAGUGCAAGGAGCGCCGGAUGUGUGUGAACGCGCACGUGUGGACCAAGAGCAAGUUCAUGGGGAUGUCCGUCGGCGUGUCCAUGGUGGGAGAAGGAGCGCUGCACCUGAUGGAGCACGAUGAGGUGUACGUGUUCACGCUGCCCUCGGCCUACGCCCGCUCCAUCCUCACUGUGCCUUGGGUGGAGCUGGGAGGCAAGGUGUCCAUCACCUGUGCCAAGAGUGGAUACUCCGCUGCCGUCACUUUUCACACAAAGCCCUUCUACGGAGGCAAAGUACACAGGGUGACGGCCGAGGUCAAGCACAACUCCACCGGCACCAUCGUCUGCAAGGCACAGGGGGAGUGGAACGGAACCCUGGAGUUCACCUAUAGCAGCGGAGAGACCAAAGUGAUUGACACCGGCAAGCUGCCAGUCAUCAAGAAAAAGAUCCGGCCCACGGAGAAGCAAGGCCCGUAUGAGUCGAGGCGGCUGUGGCAGCACGUGACGUCGGCGCUGAAGUCGGGGAACAUGGACGUGGCGACGGAACACAAGCACCGGCUGGAGGAGCGCCAGCGGAGCGAGGAGCGCCAGAGAGCGGCCACCAACACGCCCUGGAAGCCCAAGUACUUCAGCAAAGAGGGAGGUGGCUGGGUGUAUCACAACCCACUGUGGAAGGCUCACUGACAGGGACCACGGGCAGACGCCAAACUCCAGCUGUCAAUCAAUCACGUAGCCCGGCCCACACAGGGGGUGUGGCUCUACAGAGGGAGGGCUGGCCAACCAGAGAGGAGAGGAGACCUAGACACGCGCGCAUCACAAAGGGACGCAAGCAGGACGGCCACCCAACUCCCCCAUAAACUCACCUGUGUAGCUCCAAGUGACUAGUGCCAAACAAGUAGCCUCAACCAACACCAACGAGCAGGGAGCUCCAAUAUCCAGUAUACGCAUUAGCCUGGUGUAGACCUUCCUGGAACACAUUUGCCGAGGACAAGGAACACAUAACAUUGUAGGGUGCAAAUGGCAGGAAUAUAUUUACAAGAUGUUUUUUUGAAUAGCAGUAUUGUAUUUUUGUUUUCCACCAGGCGUUUGUAAGAGGGUCGGCCAUGUUGAAUGUCACCUCAUACCCCAAUGCUGUCCAGUGUUAUAUAAGCCAUGUUUACUGGUCGUAUUUUAAACUUAAAGUGUGAUAGAAGGGGGAAAUUAAGGAUAACUUGAAAUGUGGGGAUCUCUUUUAUAUUUGUUCGUACAAAUCAUACAACCCUAAAAAAAAAAAACAUGCAGUCACUGUUGUCAUCUCUGGACGGGCAGACCGGUCUGGACUGGCUAUUCUCAGGAGGGCUGGUGAUCCAAGACACAGGCGGGGCCGGGGCCUCACACACACACGUUCACUACGCUGUGGAUGCAGCCUUGCUGUGGUGGUCAGGCAGACGUGGACGUGGGCAAAGUUAGGGCUGAGAAAAGUACUGUGUGUUUUUCUGUUUCGCCCACGCACGCACAGAGUCCUCCGUUUCCCAAUCCCCCAGCUUCAACAGCUAAUUAGCGCAUCCAGAUGUUUGACAUCACAUAGGCGCCAACUCCUUAGGUGCUCGAGGGCACACACACAUACACAUACACAUACACACACACAGAGAGAGAGAGAGAGAGAGUGAGAAAGAGAAAGAGAGGUUCUGAUGAGCAAGAACAAUUCAAUCAGAUGGUCAAAAGAAAACCCCUAUUACAGAGGAACCUCCCUUCAGUGAAUGGAAGUGCUCUCCUCUGAUGAAGAGUAACCACAAGCCACAUCUCUGGUCCUGUGGGCGAAAGCAUGAGAGAAGCCAGUGGAGACAGCAGAGAGGUGAACAAGGUGCUCCACUGAAACGGUGCCAGCGCAACAUAUGCCAUCUUGAAAUGGUCAUACGGUCAACCAGGGCCUGGCCACCAAAGUACCCAAACUCAAUUAGCCGCCUCCUAAUCCUAUAAGGGGGGACUCCACGCAUGUUGUUACUGUGAUGGAGAGUUGAACAAGAGACCAAGGAGGAGAAGAAACAGGAAGCAGGACAGAUUCAGUACCGUAAUUUCCCGACUAUUAGCUACGGCUUAUACAUUGAUUUUGCAACAAUUCUUCCGCUAUGAGGUUGAUACACGAGGACAGUUAAUAUGGUAUUAAUAUGGUUUGGUUUCUUUUAACUUGCAUAAAACACUGUCCUGCAGCUUAUACCCAAUGCGGCUUAUACACGGGAAAUUACUGUAUUAGUCCUCUGUUCCUGUAUUCGAAAGAUGCUGUUUCACUAACUUUCCAUAUUCAUGUGCAAAACAAAGCUUCAGAAGAUGUUUGAGGGCUUGAGGAGGACACUUAUAGAAGAUUGACUGGGAAUUGUGGCCAAUUACUGAGGGAUCACAAGUAAUCCCUGCACAUGCUACUUAAAGCUCAGACUGGUUUAAUCUCAUCUCAAUUCAUAAACUCUCUCUCUCUCUCUUUCUCUACAUGCCACAUUCCCAGAAAUAGUCUUUAAAUUGUGUUUAUACGGAAUGAAUACCAUUGCUGUUUGAUGUUCACGGGACCGGUUCUCUCCUUUUUCGUAAAAAGAGUACAGACAUGAAAACUCCCGAGUGCAGCGUGACAACACACGCAUUCACAGGGAUACUCAGUCCAAGGCUCUGUGGCCAUUUGGAUCUGUCUGCAGCCAAAAAAAGAAGUCCCUGGAAUCCUCUGAGGCUACAGCAUGUGUGGGCCGGUCUUUGUAAUGGCUGACCUGCUUGCCGUCUACCAUUCUCCAAUUUAGCUGAAGGAUUAUCUCAUGGUCUGUGCUUUCAGUUUUGUUAGAAACAUCUUCCCCCCCCCCCUUAAUUGACAAAAGAUCACAAACAAUGUAUAUGGAAACAGAAUGCAAACUAAAUGACCCAGUGCCAGUGAUAAAAUAUGGUUUUAACGACAUCUACUUUUAUUGCUUUAUUUUGUGGAUUAGUAACUGAUAUUCACUGUGGACAUGAUCUUGGCUCCGUAACACUUUGUGAAAAGUUGGAGCACACUAAGUUAAUGUGCAGCCUUACUGAGACAGAGACGCACUUUUGCACGGUGUGAAGACAGACAGAGGCUCAGAGCUGAAGGGAAAUGUUGGAUAUCGCAUACACUCACUCCUCCUGUAACUCGUGUUCCAGUAGGAUUGAUUAACUGAAUGUGUGUGAGUGUGUGUGUGUGUGUGUUUGACCUGAAUGAGAAGCAUAGUUACACAAUGUACCGUAUACAGAGCUUUGACCAAACGCACUCUGCCACUGUAGAACCUAUGCAAAUCACAUUCACUUUUUCAGAUCAUCGGCAGUCAUCUUCGGCAAAUGAUGCCAUGUGAAGGAGAAGGUUAAGUUGUGUAUUUGUUUAAAUAAAGAUCCCACGGCGAUCAUAA